UUCUGAUCCAAAUUUGCCCCUAUAUGUGCCGUUCCCGUGGUAGAUGCCGUGGUUGAUGAGGCUGCAGAACCGGAAAAAAUGACCAUUCUCGCUUCACCACGCAGAACAAAAAGGGAUUCAAACGCUCAAGCUGAACGCUCACGCAUUCUCGUAGGGGAUGCAGUUACAGGUUACUGCCACUGUUAUCACCAUUCACCAUUAUGAGCUUAUUUUGUUUCCCAAACCGAAAUCGGGGAAUAUCUGAAUAUGGAAGGUGGCAGCGGUGACUGGGGCUUUGAUAUCGAUGGAUCUGUUUUGGAAGGAGGUGGACAGAUUCUGCGGAUUGCUGUGGCUCUCAGCGCUCUUCUGCAGAAAACUCUGCGUGUUCAUAGAAUUCGCGCUGGGCGAAAAACUCCUGGAUUAAGGUACAGAGUAGCGAAAUGCUCUUCUGGCAGGAAACCGCAGAAUUCUGGAAUUGUUGGAACGUGUGGCGUGUUUUGCAGCAAUCAGCACCUGCGUGGCCUGGAGCUCGUGCAGCGCAUGUGCAAUGGCAGUCUGCGCGGAGGCCAGCUGCAGUCGGAAGAAAUUUCGUUUUCACCGGGAAAGCUGACCAGCGGGGAAUUCAUUGCCGAUGCCGCCACGGCGGGGAGUGUGUGUCUGCUGCUGCAGAUUGCGUUGCCUUGUGCGCUCUUCGCCAACGGCGCCACUGUUCUUCGGCUGAGAGGAGGAACGAAUGCCGAUUUUGCUCCGCCAGUGGAUUAUGUGGAGAAAGUACUUCUUCCCAUUUUAACCCGAUUCGGUAUCCAAGCCGAGAUGAAUAUUUUGCGCCGGGGAUAUUAUCCGAAAGGUGGCGGGGAGAUCAUCGUGAAAGUGAAUCCCGUUGCGGAGUUGUCGGCUGUACGGCUGCUGGAGCGCGGCACGGUGUCGGCCGUGAGUAUUUUUUCCUACGUCGCUGGACAACUUCCUGUGCAUGUCAGCGAAGAAUGUGCCAAUCAUGCUGAGAUGCUGUUAAGUAAGCAGCUUCCUGGACUAAAGAUCAAUAAGAUCAUUAAGAAAGAGACGACGGCCAGCGCUGUGGGUACCGGAAGUGGCGCAUUUGUUUGGGCUGAAACAUCAACAGGUUGCGUAGUUGCCGGCUCCUCAAAUGGAUCUCGAACAAAGCACAGCAAGGAAGUUGCGGUUGAGGCUGCUAAUAUGGUUAUUACCGCUGUCUCAUCGAAUGUCUGUGUGGAUGAGCACUUGCAAGAUCAGUUAAUCAUCUUUAUGGCGCUGGCAAAGGGAUAUUCAGAAAUUUUAACGGGUCCGCUGACGCUGCACACCCAAACUGCAAUUUUCGUAUGCGAAAAAAUGCUGGGAGUGCAGUUCCGCUUGAAUGCGAUGGAGAAUGGGAAUCAAGUGAUCGGCUGUGAAGGAGUGGGUUUCCGCAGUGUGUCUGCAUGAUUUCAGAUAUGGUUUGAACUUUGAACACAAGGCGAUGUGCAUUUGAUCCGGUCUGCUCAUUUCGUGAUAAUUUUCUUCGUUCCAGAGCCUGCUUGGUCGCUCAAUAUUGUUUUCGGUUUAUUGUAGUGGUUAUUUAAUAGUAUUUUAUUUGACGGGAAGAAUGAUUAUUUCGGUCAUGUUUUGCUUAGUAUUAAACCGGUUUCUAAUGUUGGGAAAGUUUAGAGUUAAAAAUAAAUUCGCAUCCGA